CUCAACCAGAAUUUGUGCAGCACGCUCUCCUGCGGAGUGGAGUGACGCAAAUGUCGACAGACAUAGAUUUUAAGCUUUUCUCUACCACAGUAUCAUUUCAUCUGGUGUUAAUUCUACCUUACAGAAAUUAACUACUUUCAUUCUGGUCAGCAAGAAACCACAUUUCAGGUUCACAGCCACAACGGUCUUAAUCUCCAUUGAUUGCUGCUAUUACGAUAUCUUUCUAUAAAAAUACAGACCACCCCAAUCAGCUUCAAGCAGUGAGAAAAAUUCUGAAACCAUGUCUUCUCCUUCCCCUGCUCAAUGGCUGAGCUUGGUUGGGGCCAUCUGGCUCCAAACCAUUAAUGGAGCAAACUCUGACUUCCCAGUCUAUUCAUCCCAGCUCAAAGAUCUUAAAUCAAUCUCUCAAGUCCAGCUCAAUUUCCUUGCUUUCGCCUCUGACGCUGGAAAGCUCUUUGGCUGGUUUUCUGGUGUUGCUGCCAUUUUUCUUCCCCUCUGGUUGGUUUCAGUGAUUGGUGCAACUUUUGGGCUGAUAGGCUAUGGCAUGCAGUUUCUCUUCCUAGAGAACACUCAUCUAUCCUACUGGCAUCUCUUCAUGCUCACUGUCCUUGCUGGAAAUGGCAUAUGUUGGAUCAACACUGGCUGCUACCUAAUCUGUAUCCAAAAUUUUCCUUCUGAUAGCCAUGUUGCAGUUGGGCUAUCCACAAGCUAUGUUGGUUUGAGUGCCAAGGUCUACACGGUUGUGGCCGAUGCAAUCUUCCGACGACAGCCCAGUAAUAGUGCCAAGGCAUAUCUCCUCCUCAAUGCCACCGUACCCAUGCUAGUUACUCUUUUAGUUUCACCAUUUCUACGCACGACAGAGACCAAAAACAAAGCAAGAUCGAGUUGGGGGUUCAUGGUGAUGUUUGCCAUAACACUCGCAACUGGAAUUUGUGCAGUUUUUGGCAGCAUCGAGUCUGAAUCAAGAGAGCAUGUGAUAAGCCUAGGAUUGCUUUUGAUUGCUCCUUUGGGGAUCCCUUUGUACAUGAAGUAUAAAGAAGGCAUAGAAGGGAUAUGGUGGAACAAGAGGGAGAGGAGAGUUCAUGAUAUUACUGUGGAUGAGGUUGAAACUGGAGAGAGAGUUAUUGAUCUCGAGUUGGAAGGGCGGGCUGAAGAUGGGAAAGUAGAAGGGUCAGUGGAAGUUGGAGGCCUUCAACUGUUAAGAAAGGUCGACUUUUGGUUGUAUUUCUUCAGUUACAUGUUCAGUGCUACGUUGGGUUUGGUCUUCUUGAACAACUUGGGACAGAUAGCAGAGUCUCGUCGGUUCUCGAAGACUUCCACUCUCGUCUCCCUGUCUUCUUCUUUCGGUUUCUUCGGUCGUCUCAUGCCAUCUUUCUGGGACUACCAUUCAACAAAAAGUGGGUACAUGGUGUCAAGGCCAGCAUUCAUGGCCACACUGAUGGCUCCAAUGGCAGGAGCCUUCUUCCUACUUCUAAAUCCAAGCAGACUUUUCUUGUACCUCAGCACUGCUAUUAUUGGCGCAUGCACUGGGGCAAUUACCUCUAUUGCCGUCUCAGCAACUCCUGAGCUGUUUGGUACCAAGCAUUUUGGCGUGAACCACAACAUUGUUGUCACAAAUAUACCCAUAGGGUCUUUAGUCUUUGGUUACUUUGCUGCUCUUCUUUACAAGAGCGGAGCUGAAGGAAGCCAUAGCUGCACUGGGAGUGGAUGCUACGAGAAAACCUUCAUCAUAUGGGGUUCCACUUGUUCCCUCGCUACUCUUCUUUGUACAGUCCUUUAUGCCCGAACUCGAAAGUUCUGCUGAAAGACUACUUACAGAUGAGAUAUAACCCACAUAGAUUAAGCUAUUACACAUGAUAUUCUAACUCAUAGGAUUGAGGGCCGCCAAAAUCUGGCCACAGGUAUACCCGCCACAUUUUGCAAGUUGAUGGAGAUUACUAAAGCAAGCUUAUGUACCACACUGGCCUUUCUAUAAAGUUUUCUAAAUUAAUAU